GAGCUUGUUUUUCGCCACCACCUCCCUAAUCCUGGGGCUACGAUCGCUUGUGUUUUGCAUCAGGUGCCUGGCGCAGAGGAUCAGACAGCUCUGUCCCUGGAGGAGUGCCUUAGGCUGCUGGAGGCCACCUUCCCUUUCGGGGAGAACUCGGAGUUUCCAGCUGCAGAUGUCUCCACCCUGAGCGAAGCUGUGCCCAGCGAGAGCCGGCCCGCGGGCAUCCAGAGCAGCCUGCUGUCUCCUCUCCUCCCAGAGACCGAGUCUCCCUUCGACCUGGAGCAGCAGUGGCAGGACCUCAUGUCUAUCAUGGAGAUGCAGGCUAUGGAAGUGAACAACACGACCGCUGAAACCCUGUACAACGGCACAGGCGGGGACCUGCUGGCUUCUAACUACAGCCUCGCUCCAAACACUCCCAUCAAUCAGAAUGUCAGCCUGCAUCAGGCCUCUCUGGGCAGCUGCUCCCAGGACUUCUCCCUCUUCAGCUCUGAAAUCGAAAGCCCCUCCAUGGCUGGCAGCUCAGCCCUGCUCCAGCUGGCGCCGGACAACUCCACCGGCCUCAACAGCACCUUCAGCUCCACCAACUUGAGCGGCAUCUUCUUCCCCCCGCAGCUGAACAGCACAGUCAACGAGACGGCUGGCCCCGAGCUGCCCGACCCGCUGGGCGGCCUGCUGGACGAAGCCAUGCUCGAUGAGAUCAGCUUGAUGGACUUGGCUAUUGAGGAAGGUUUCAACCCGGUGCAGGCCUCGCAGCUGGAAGAAGAGUUUGAUUCUGACUCAGGUCUUUCUCUGGAUUCUGGCCACAGUCCUGCUUCUCUUAGCAGCUCAGAAGCCUCCUCCUCCUCUUCCUCCUCCUCCUCCUCCUCCUCCUCUUCUUCCUCCUCUUCCUCCUCCUCCUCCUCCUCGUUUUCCGAGGAAGGAGCUGUCGGCUACAGCUCAGACUCUGAAAACGUGGACUUUGAGGAAACGGAAGGGGCAGUUGGGUACCAGCCUGAGUACAGCAAGUUCUGUCGCAUGAGCUAUCAGGACCCGUCGCAGCUCCACUACUUGCCUUACCUGGAGCACGUUGGCCACAACCACACCUACAACAUGGCACCGGGGACGCUGGAUCCCGAGGAGCCCAAACUGCCCAGCGCAGGGAAGAAGAGCAGCAAGGAGAAACCGUCAGAGUUCCUGGACAAGCAGAUGAGCAGGGACGAGCAUCGAGCCAGAGCCAUGAAAAUCCCUUUCACCAACGACAAGAUCAUCAACCUGCCCGUGGAGGAGUUCAACGAGCUGCUCUCCAAGUACCAGCUCAGCGAGGCGCAGCUGAGCCUCAUCCGAGACAUCAGGAGGCGAGGCAAGAACAAGAUGGCUGCCCAGAACUGCCGCAAGAGGAAGCUGGACACCAUCCUGAACCUGGAACGGGACGUGGAGGACUUGCAGAGGGACAAGUCCAAACUGCUCAGGGAGAAGGUGGAGUUCCUCAAGUCCAUCCGCCAGAUGAAGCAAAAGGUGCAGAACCUCUACCAGGAAGUGUUCGGCCGCCUGCGGGACGAGAACGGCCAACCUUACUCUCCCAACCAGUACGCCCUGCAGUACGCCAGCGACGGCAGCGUUAUUUUGAUACCUCGCACCUUGGCCGACCAGCAGGCCAGGCGGCAGGAGAGGAAACAGAAGGACCGGAGGAAGUGAGGGGGGCACGUGGGAGGAGCGGGAGACUCGCUCAAGGUAGAACUGGAGAAGGGCUGAGCCUGGAAGUGCUUAGAGGAACUUUCAUGCCUUCUUAUCCAAUAUAUCUUCUCAAACAUGACUGCUGCCGGUCAGUGUACAGGAGGGACUGCGGGCGCUGCACGCUGCGUUUGAGGGCUCCCUGCGGGGAGGGACGGGGAGGAGCGGACAGUGCACUGGCGAGCCCAGCACCUUCCACAGCCUGGAAUCCUUUGAGCGCAGGAAACAAGCUGGCAUCACUGGUGGGGAGAUCAGCAGAGGCGGAAAAACUACUGUUAGGAACUGGCUUUAAGUAAGAAAAAGAGAUUUAAGCAAAUGAACUUAAGCUAUAGGAGAGACAUUUUUCUGAACUUCCAAAGUUCUGUGAUUUCAGGUAGUUGGGUUUUUCUUUUUGUUUUCUUUUCCUGAACCAGUUUUGACAUCGGUGUGUGUGAUUCGACCUGACUUAAUUCCAGAUUAGCCAACAUCCCUUCCUAGAUCAGACCAGUGCACACAUGGAAACACACAAGUGGUGCGACUUCCAUUAACCCUUUCCAGUCUGAGGGAGCUCAGGCAGGGCUUGCGGGAGAGCCCUUACCGUAUGCGUGGGGGAGCUGUGACGCCUUGGGGGGCACCGAGCUGGGGUGUGAGGAUCUCUUGGGGGCGGCAGGGAGGGGGGACUGGGAAGGGUUAACAGAACCAGUGCGCUGCGCAUCCCCACCACACUCACAGAGCAUGUCACUGCCGCGCCAGCCCCGUGCUGGGCCGCUGGGAUGCGUUAGAUGAGAAGGCACGCAGUAGCCUGCAUGCAGAUGCUGUCUUCUCCCACUGACUGGCCGAGGAACCGCUUUGGGGGGACGUGGGGAGGGUGGGGGCAGCCAGGGCCCGCGGGCGCGGGGCGGGUGUGCGGCAGCGUGGGGCGGGUACAGCCCGAGGAGUGGCGCGCUCCUACCCCAGGCCGUGGGCUUGUCACUUAUAGAACUAGACAUCUGUUAGGAUUCCUGUUUCUUAACCGCGCUUUGAUUUUGUAGGGCUUCCGCCCUGUUUUCCCUAUAGGGUCUAGAGUGCUUGUGUUGAGUAAAAGGGAGAAGCCCAAACGUUCAAAGCUGCUAAAUGUUCUCUUUGCCAUAAAGACUCAGUGUAACCGUGUGAUCACAUUAUAGGAUUCUCUUCUGUCCCUA